UCACUCACUCACUCACUCACUCACUCACUCAAUGGAUUGAGGGACACCAGGCUUUACAAUUUCGACCCUGUUCCCCAGAAGCCCACGGUUUGGUUGACACUUCGGUGUUGCCCUCUCACUUUGAUAGCGUUUUGCAAAAGGGGGACACAGCCUCUCUCGUGUGGCUCCACCUCCGAACUCAGCCGUUGUACACCUCAAAACCUGAGUGGCACCCUGGCCUGCUGCUUAUUUACCCCUGAGCCUUUUUCCUUCACUUUCCAUCCACCUGGACAGCAGAGCUGUCUCACAGAGGCCCUGCGAGGCUUGAGAUGAGCCUGAAUCAUCUAACCUUGGGGUUAAAUUCCAGGCUGUUUGGCACACUGCUCUCUUAGCAUGCAUGUAGUCUUGGGCUCAACCCCCACAUCCCUAUAAUCCUGAGCUGUGGGGGUGAAGGCAAAAGACUCAGAAGAUCAAGGUUACGUUGCAAGUUUCAAAGUCAACCUGGGCUACACGAGAGCUGCCUCAAAGUCUUCCUUUCUAGUUGUUGACUUUACUAAGUGUACCGGUGUGGGCACACUGAGUGCAGGUGCCACAAGUCAGAGGGGCAGAUCCUCUACAGCUGUGGUUACAGACAGUUGUUGGGCUUGGAACUCUGGUCCUCUGCUUGAAGAGUAUUUGCUCUUAACCCUAAGUGUUGACUUUAAGGGGAGAGUUGCUGUCUAUACUGGAGUCUGAAUAAUUCUAAAGGAGGAGUUAGGAUAUCAAACCCCCAAAUUCUGGGUCCUCUCCACCCAACAUACCGACAAUAAAUCAACAGCGUGGUUUACAUUGUCUAAUAUAUGUAUUUUAUUUUUCAGUGACUCCAUACCAAAGAACUGUCACAAGGAGUAUGGCUGCCCUUUUAACUGGGAUGACCUGCUUUGCAGGAACAAAGUGAGCUUAUACGAGACACUUACGAGAAGCCCAUUCAUUGCAAAUGAUAAGACAGGCCCUCAGGAUGAGCGUCCCCGACUACAUGCAGUGUGCGGAGGACCACCAGACUCUGCUGGUGGUCGUACAGGCUGUGGGCAUCGUCUCCGAGGAGAACUUCUUCAGAAUCUACAAGCGGAUCUGCUCCGUGAAUCAGCUUAGUGUGCGCGACUCUCAGCGCGCGCUCUUCAUCCGCUACCGACACCACUACCCUCCUGAGAACAACGAAUGGGGGGACUUCCAGACGCACCGCAAGGUGGUGGGCCUCAUCACCAUCACUGACUGCUUCUCGGCCAAGGACUGGCCACAGACCUUCGAGAAGUUCCACGUGCAGAAGGAGAUCUACGGCUCCACGCUCUACGACUCCCGCCUCUUUGUGUUCGGGCUCCAGGGUGAUGUGACCGAGCAGCCGCGCCCCGAUGUGGCCUUUUAUCCCAACUACGAUGACUGCGAUUCGGUGGAGAAGCGCAUCGAAGACUUCAUCGAGUCCCUUUUCAUUGUUCUGGAGUCCAAGCGCCUGGACAGAGCUACUGACAAGUCCGGGGACAAGAUCCCCCUUCUCUGUGUCCCUUUUGAGAAGAAGGAUUUCGUGGGACUGGACACGGAUAGUAGUGUGUUGUUGGGUCUGAAAAGACAUUACAAGAAGCGGUGCCAGGGACGCAUGCGGAAGCACGUGGGAGACUUGUGCCUCCAGGCUGGGAUGCUGCAGGAUGCCCUGGUACACUACCACAUGUCCGUGGAGCUCCUGCGCUCAGUGAAUGACUUCCUGUGGCUAGGGGCUGCCCUGGAAGGGCUGUGCUCCGCUUCUGUCAUUUCCCACUAUCCUGGAGGAACUGGUGGCAAGUCUGGGGCUCGGAGGCUCCAAGGCAGCUCACUUCCCUCAGAAGCAGCCAACAGGCACCGGCCAGGGGCGCAAGAAGUUCUCAUUGACCCAGGCGCUCUCACCACCAAUGGCAUAAAUCCAGACACCAGUGCUGAGAUUGGACGUGCCAAGAACUGCCUCAGCCCUGAGGACAUAAUCGACAAAUACAAAGAGGCCAUUUCCUAUUACAGCAAGUAUAAGAAUGCCGGGGUGAUUGAGCUGGAAGCGUGUGUCAAGGCCGUGCGUGUCCUGGCUAUUCAGAAGCGUGGCAUGGAAGCUUCGGAGUUUCUGCAGAAUGCUGUGUACAUCAAUCUCCGGCAGCUUUCUGAAGAAGAGAAAAUACAGCGCUACAGCAUCCUCUCUGAGCUCUACGAAUUGAUCGGCUUCCACCGCAAGUCAGCAUUCUUCAAGCGCGUGGCUGCCAUGCAAUGCGUUGCCCCCAGCAUCUCAGAACCUGGCUGGAGAGCCUGUUACAAGCUCCUUCUGGAGACAUUGCCCGGUUACAGUCUGUCGCUAGACCCCAAGGACUUCAACAAAGGCACACACCGAGGCUGGGCUGCCGUUCAAAUGCGUCUGCUGCACGAGCUGGUCUAUGCCUCCCGCAGGAUGGGAAACCCCGCUCUGUCUGUGCGGCACCUGUCCUUCCUUUUGCAGACCAUGCUGGACUUCCUGUCUGAUCAGGAAAAGAAAGAUGUGACUCAAAGCCUGGAGAACUAUACAGCCAAGUGUCCCGGGACAAUGGAGCCCAUUACCCUUCCAGAUGGCCUCACGCUGCCUCCUGUACCCUUUACCAAGCUUCCCAUUGUCAGGUGCGUGAAGCUGCUGAGUCUCCCCACCAGCCUCCGGCCACAGAAGGUGAAAAGCUUGCUGGGGCAGACCAUGUCCGCCAAGAGCCCCUUCAUCUAUUCGCCAAUCAUUGCGCACAGCCGUGGAGAGGAACGCAACAAGAAAAUAGAUUUCCAGUGGGUUCAAGGAGAUGUGUGUGAAGUUCAGCUGAUGGUGUACAACCCGAUGCCGUUUGAGCUCCGUGUAGAAAACAUGGGCCUCCUCACCAGUGGAGUGGAGUUUGAGUCUCUUCCGGCAGCACUUUCCCUUCCUGCAGAAUCCGGUUUGUACCCAGUGACACUGGUGGGGGUCCCACAGACUACAGGGAUGAUCACUGUGAAUGGUUACCACACCACAGUCUUUGGGGUCUUCAGUGACUGCCUGCUCGACAACCUCCCAGGAGUGAAAACCAGUGGCUCAACUGUGGAAGUCAUCCCUGCCUUGCCAAGGCUGCAGAUCAGCACAGCGCUUCCCAGGUCUGCACAUUCAUUGCAGCCCUCUUCCGGUGACGAAAUAUCAACCAACGUGUCUGUCCAGCUUUACAAUGGAGAAGCUCAGCAGCUGGUUAUCACCUUGGAGAACAUUGGACUAGAGCCUCUAGAACAGCUGGAAGUCACCUCCAAGCUCCUCACCACCAAGGAGAAGCUGUCUGGGGACUUCUUGAGCUGGAAGCUAGAAGAAACACUGUCCCAGUUCCCGCUGCAGCCCGGGAAGGUGGCUACUUUCACCGUCAACAUCAAGGCAAAGCUGGACUUCUCCUGCCAGGAGAACCUCCUCCAGGACCUGAGUGAUGAUGGAGUCAGUGUGAGCGGCUUUCCUCUGUCCAGUCCUUUCCGCCAGGUCGUCAGACCCCGAGUGGAAAGCCGACCCACAAACCCUUCUGAGGGCAGCAAGUCGGGGGACCUUGGCCACCUCAAGACUCUGGAAGCUGUCCUCAACUUCAAGUACUCCGGAGGCCCAGGCCAUGUGGAAGGGUAUUACCGGAAUCUGUCUCUGGGACUGCAUGUGGAAGUUGAGCCGUCUGUGUUUUUUACUAGAGUCAGCACACUUCCAGCAACCAGCACCCGGCAGUGCCACCUCCUCCUCGAUGUCUUCAACUCCACAGAGCACGAGCUCACAGUCUGUGCCAGGAACAACUCUGAGCUUGUCUUGCAUCCCAGUGAGUGCCAGCGAAUGGCUAUUCAAGUGGACAAGUUCAACUUUGAAAGUGUCUCAGAAUCCCCCGGAGAGAAGGAACCCUUGGCAAAUCUGAAGCAGCUAGAAGAUGAGAGGCAAGAGGCAAGAGGCCUGGAGAUCAGCAGCAAGCUGGACAUAUGCUGGAGAAUUCCAUCCCUGAAGCGCAGCGGUGAGGCGAGUGUGGAGGGCCUCCUGAACCAGCUCGUCCUGGAGCACCUGCAGCUGGCGCCUCUGCAGUGGGAUGUGCUGGUGGAUGGGCAGCCGUGCGACUGUGAGGUGGCAGCUACCUGCCAGGUUGGUGACCCUGUGCACCUAGAGGUGCGGCUGACUAACCGGAGUCCCCACAGUGUGGGGCCCUUUGCCCUCACCGUGGUCCCCUUCCAGGACCACAAGAAUGGUGUGCACAACUAUGAUCUGCAUGACGCCAUCUCCUUUGUGGGUUCCAGCACCUUCUACCUUGACACGGUGCAGCCAUCUGGCCAGUCAGCCUGCCUUGGGGCCCUCCUCUUCCUCUACACAGGUGACUUCUUCCUCCACAUCCGCUUCCAUGAGGACUGCAAGAGCAAGGAGCUGCCACCGUCCUGGUUUUGUCUGCCCAGCGUGCGUGUACGGGCCCUGGAGGCCCAGGCCUGAGCCCCUCAGCCCCGAAGGCUGUGUCCUUCUUGCACCACACCCAACUUUCCUCCUCCCCCCAGAAGUCACCCUGUUGGCUGCCUGCUCUGUUUCUGGCCUAUUAUGCUGAGCAACCUCACACCUAGUGCCGGCUUGGGUGACCCUGCUCUGUGGCCAGCACUGUGAAGGGUCCUUCCUGGUCUUGUCAUCUCCCUGUGGCCUUAAGAAGAAAUGUUGAGUCAUCCCUUCAAUCCCCUUUGGUCUGGCUUACCCCUGUGAAUGCCACUGACACCUCAAGCAAGGGAGGAGACAGUGUGGGUGACCAGGGUGAGCAGGUUUCAAGAUGUUUCCCGCCCAUGUAUUCUGGGCUCAAAAUCUGUAUAUCUAUGUUGCCAUGUUCUCCAAUAAAGGCCUGCCUUGCUUA